AAGUUGUGGAAUAAGUUCAGAGUCUACAGAAAGAAGAUGGUUCUUUCACUGGAGAUAUUUGGGGUCCCACUAAGCAGCUGGUCUAACUGGAGUUAAUGGUCUGCUGGAAGUUCCAGCAUGCACUGUGCUAGUUAUAUCAGCAUACAGGAGUACUAGAACAGAGGGGGCCAGUCUAAAAGAUAAGGGCUGAAUACAGUGCAGGCCGGAGAGACCAGCUGCUUCAUGGGAUGUGAAAAUCUACUUUUAUAUAAUAGGCAGAAAUCGAUACAAGAUUCUCUUUUUGUGCGGCGGCAAUUUGGCUCUAUUGGGGAAGCUGGAUGCUAGUAAUGUGGAAAAGGCAAUCGAAUUUGUUUUAAUCAUGUAUGAACUUUGAUGGUGGAUUUGGUUGCAGGCCAGGUUCUGAAUCCCAUGCUGGGCAGAUCUAUUGGUGCCCAGGAUUCCUGGCUAUUACUAGUCAGUUCCAUCGAGUAAAUUAUGAUUUACUUGGCUGGUGGCUUUGUGAACGCCAGCUUGCGUCAGGUGGAUUCAAUGGAAGGCCAGAGAAGUUACCAGAUGUAUGCUAUUCUUGGUGGGUGUUGGCCUCCCUAAAGAUAAUUGGAAGGCUUCACUGGAUUGACAGAGAGAAACUGCGCAGUUUCAUCUUAGCAUGUCAAGAUGAAGAAACGGGAGGAUUUGCGGACAGGCCAGGAGAUAUGGUAGAUCCUUUUCAUACUGUAUUUGGAGUUGCUGGAUUGUCACUUUUGGGAGAAGAACAGAUUAAACCUGUUAGCCCUGUUUUUUGCAUGCCUGAAGAAGUACUUCGGAGAGUGAAUGUUCAGCCUGAACUAGUGAGCUAGAUUAG